ACGUUAGAUUACAUAUAUAGUAUUGAGUGGUUUACACUUCCACCUGGCGGUUCGAUACGAUAUUACAAGGUAUUUCACCGAUUUGAAAAAUUUGCUUUAGCUUUUGUUUAUGAAAAUGUCAUAUUCACGUACUGCUGAACAACUAAAAGCUAAUUUUCUUUUACAUAAAAUAAGAAUUUACACCACAGAUUUGUUUCAUGUUGGUAACAUCGGUGCUAAAAUGAUCAAAGAGUAACUCGAUGAAAUGUUGCACCAUAUCGUCAAAUGACGUAAAAAAGAGAAAAGAACAGAAACCAAAACGAAGAAAAUGAACACGAAGGGAAAGUAAAAGUAUUUCACUAUGAAUAUUUUACAUGAAUAUUAUACAUAAUAUUAAUUUAUGUAAUUCUCACAACGUCCCUACUGCGAUCCUGUAAACUUUGAAACCUAGUCGUGACGUCGAAGAUGUUUUGAAACGUCACUGUGACACAUUAAAGCAGCAGGUUUUCAAAGUCACUCACUAAAGCCACGACUUUUUUGACCGGACCAGCUUUCUUCCUCUUACUUUUUCUCCGCCACUUUCACGAGAGAAGGUUUUCACCACAACCGGUCAUCGUGACAGCUUUUCCUUCCACGGAGUCCGCGGUCACGCCUCUUCUCUCACCGACCGAACCACCGAGCGCAGUCCACCGCAGCGUUAAAAUUGAGUCACAACCGCUAACGAUAUUUGGUGAUGGCUUCUACGUCAACAUCGACGGCAGGAUCAUCUCCGACGUCUGACUCAGAACGAUGUCACCCAGGAGGAGUCGAAGCGCUGAACCUGAAGGUGGGACCAUUGAGGAGAAACCUCUUUGGACCUGUGGACCACCAGCAGUUGGAUAAGGACCUGAAGAGGUUGCUGAGCGUGGCCCUGGAGGAAGCCAACAAACGCUGGAACUUCGACUUCCAGAAGGACAAACCAGGAGAGGGCUCUAAUAUCGAGUGGGAGGCGCUGCGGUGCCAAGAUGUACCAGCGUUUUACCACAGCUACCUGAUGAGACCAGGGGCAUCUGGACCGGGGAAGAAGACGUCAUCAGGCCAGGCUCCUACGAUGUCCACCAGUGUGUCCGGGUCUGAUAACCUCAAGCCGGCCCCAAGGGGGAGCUACAGUCUGAGGCAGUCAGGGAAACACAGACAGUCUGCUAUCACAGACUUCUUUAUGGUGAAGAAAAGGAGACCCCCGGAGCAUAAGACAUCUUCUUGGCAGUAGAGGCGAACAGGAAGACCCAGCAGAGGACUGGUGGUCCAACCUCACUAUGUACGACUGACCACAGUACUGACUGACUAGUUAAUGAAACAGACUUUUUUUUUUAUCGUAUUAUUAAUAUUUGAUGUAUACCGUGUUUAUCUUAUUUAUCAUUUUCCUCAGCUGACUAUAAUGUGAAAAUAUUUUAAAUGUACUAUUAAAGGUUAAAGGUUUAUAACACGUUAUUUUCUUAAAUAUGGUUAAUUAAAAAAAAUGAUAAUGUUCAAGAUUUGUAAAUGUUUUUAUCUAUGAACAAAGUAUGACUUUUUAUAUACUACUCUAGUGCUGCUCAAAGGCAACGAGUCACUUUUCUUUAAAAUGAGCAGUUAUUGCUCAUUACACUUCUCUGGUUUACAUUAAGUUGUAUUGUUAAAAUGUUAAUUACACAGGUGUGUGAUGAGUUUUUACCAUUGUGAACACUGUGGCAGCUGAGGGAAUGGUUGUAUUUUCAAAAAAUAAAAAAACAUUAACAUAUUUUGGUUUUUGAA